CGUUCAACUAUAUUUCCCAACUCUUUCAACCACUUGCCAGUUUCGUAAGGUUAGCUCUGAGUAUAUUAAAUUGUAAUUGUAAACUUUAGUACACUUUGACAUUUGCUGCUCACUCAGUCAGUAAUUGACAGACACCACCCACUAUACAGCUUGUGCCUUUCUCCCACAUCACUUGAAUGCAGCAGUGGAGACACUAUCGGUUGAUUUAGAGAUCCCUUAAACUCCUCGUUCCAUCAUGUCUUCUGAAGAGAUGUAUUUCACGUAUAAUGGACUGCUGCUGCCCAGCGAGACUCACUCCUUGGAGAGCCUGAAGUUUGCGGACGAAUUCACGUUUAAAGAUGACGACGUCGUGGCUGCUACGUAUCCGAAGACAGGUACUAUCUGGAUGCAGGAGAUCCUCCCUCUGGUGCUGAAUGGUGGAGAUCUGACACCGAUCCAAACCAUCCCCAACUGGGACAGGGUGCCCUGGUUGGAGGAGAAAAGAUUAGCAGUGGUUGUUGAUAGAUUAACUUCUCCACGGGCGAUGGUCACACAUUUUCCUUACCACCUCAUGCCCCCCUCCUUCCACGCCUCCAAAGCCAAGGUGAUCUAUGUCAUGAGGAACCCAAAGGACGUCAUGGUGUCCUCAUACUACUUCCACCAGAUGGCCGGAUUCCUCAAAGAUCCAGGAACAUUUGAUGAGUUCAUGGACACAUUCUUGGAGGGCAAAGUGCUGUUUGGAAAAUGGACAGACCACGUGAAGAGCUGGAGGCACACAGAGCUGGGAGAUCGAAUAAUGUACAUCACAUAUGAAGAAAUGGUUCAGGACCUUCCUGCAGUUCUCAGGAUUAUGUCAGACUUCCUGGGCCGUAACCUGAGUGAGGAAGUCAUACAGAAGAUAGCAGAACAUUGCUCCUUCAAGGCAAUGAAGGUCAACACAAUGUCUAACUUCAACAUGGUCCCAAAGGUACUGAUGGACAGCGACAAAUCUCCUUUUCUCAGGAAAGGUGUUGUUGGGGACUGGAAAAACCAUUUCAACCCGGAGCAGCUGGCCAGAUUCACAUCAGUCAUCCGCAAAGAGCUGGAGAACGAGAGCUUCUCUCUGCCUUGGAGCUUGGAUUGAACAGCAGCUGAAAUAAAAUCAAGGCAUAUCAGGCAUGUGGGAAUUUGGUACAAUGUGUUAGUUAUGGUUUUAAUAUCAGUCAUAUGACGAAAAGCAUUUGAUAUACGUUCUACAUUUUUACAUAACAAGAAACUCCUUUGCAUUUGUUAACUGGAUAAAUAUUUUCUCAUUCAAAAAAUUGAAAGAACAUUGAUCAUCUACAGAAAAGACCUCUUCGUACUGGGAUGCAGAAAUCUUUACUGACCACAAGAGGUGAUUGUCUCAGUUGACCGUUGUGACUCCCCUGUCGUCUGCAGUGUGGACAGACUCCUGUCAGCUAAUAGGGCCUUAUAGCUCUAUGGCUGAAUGGGCUACUUGCUAACAGCAGCUAGUCGAUACAGCCAAAGAUAACUACAGCAGAGGGUAUGUAGUGAGCAGCAAUAAUAGGUUAUUCAGCCCUCUUAAGUUUUGGUGCUACCCUUCGAAUCAUGUCAAUUUCGUACAAAUGACACCUUUAAUCUACCCCGGAUGUAGAUGUUGCAUUUACAAAAAACACAUCCCCGUAAUUUGUUUUAAGGUACCAACAAGGAAAUGCUGCUACAACAAGCUCACAGCUGAGCUUCUUCCACCCUCAAGCUCCGGGACCAGACAGAUUUCAUGAUUGGACGCACAAUGUUCUUCUUGCUAGCUUGCAUUAUAUCCCUACACAAUGUCACUUUUGUACAGUAAAUGUUUUGGUGCUAAUUACUGCAUGAUUUACUUGUAAUUUUUUUCUACUACUACUACUACUACUACUACUACUACUACUACUACAGUCUUUUGCUAAGUAAUAACAGAUUCUCAUGAGGCAGUCUUGCAUAGUUACAAGUUUCCCAUCAGUGUCAAUCUGUCCAAUAAUUUACACCAGGAAACAGAAGGAUCAGAAACGUAGUUUGUUAAUUUAUUGUUGAGUUUGAUUGAUUUGUUUUCUUUGUAUUGAGCUGUCAAAUUUCUACUUUUACUCAGUAUUUUAAACAUUUAGUGAAGUCUGUAUUGACUGAUCACAUGUUGUCAUUAUUAGGGCGUUUCACAUUAGAGUUCACUGUUAUUGAAUUAUUACUGGACUGAUUUGCAUUCCUUCAAUAUCUCAGUUGCGAUUGUUGUAUGCUUCCUUAGACUUUUAAGAAUACAUUGGAAUAAAAGUCUACUUGGUCA